CUGCUACAGGGCACUAUGAUGAAACAUCUCUGCUGGAAUGAAGAGGAAGGCCCAAACGUGGCAUGACAGUAUAGAGGAAGGGCGUGCGUGGGCUGGCUGUCUCUGGUCAGUCUGGCUCUGAUGCCACAGACCUGAGCUAAUGACAGGCAGCUCCCCUGCCCCCCAUCUCUGGGGUUCCCCCAGGCAGAUGGCAGCUGUGGUCUCUGCCCAACACUGCCAUGUUUCUCUCUUACAAGCACAGAUUAAAGUAGCUAGGAAUCCAGUUUGCAAAAGCAUGCCUGAAGGGAAUAUGACUGAGGGACAGACAUUGUGAAGGCAAUGAAUAAACUGCCAGCAUGUAUGCUGUUCACCAAUUACCUCAGCACCAAACACGGUGAGUGAACCCUCAGAGGACCAGCUUUAACCACGGACAAGAAAGCUCCUCACAGAGCUGGCAGCGAGCUCAUGGUGCGGUGGCCAGAGGUGCCUGUGGGGAUGAACAGGCUCCGUAGGGCCAAGUGACCAGGCAAGCACAUAGACAAAGGAUCAGACAGACAUACCACAACCAAGGCAGAUCCACCUCCUACACCCGCUGAGGGAAAAGGGCACUGAGCACACAGGACACCUCAGCAGACGCUGUUUUACGAAGCCCGCAGCCCCCAGUCAAACCCGCCUCAGUUGGGCGAGCUCGCCCCCCCGCGAACGGCUGCCCCCCGCGCGCAUGCGCCACGGGCGGGUAGAGCUGGGCGCCGCGGUGCGCAUGCGUCAGCGCUGCCCCUCAGAGCGGCAGCGCGGGGGGGCGAGGGUAGGUGUCGCCACCUUGGGGAGCGCUAUGGCGUGCGCCGCGGCGGCGAAGAGCGGCGGGAGCUCCUUCUCCGACCGGCACGCCCGCCUCCUCCUGGCCCAGAUCAACCGGUUGUGGGCCGGGCAGAGCUUCUGCGACGUGCGGCUGGAGGUGGGCCCUGAGGCGUUCGCCGUCCAUCGCCUGGUGUUGGCGGCCAGCAGCCCUUACUUCGCGGCGCUCUUCGCGGGCGGCAUGAAGGAAUCCGGUCGGGAUGUGAUACGGAUCGCGGGCGUCGAGGCGGACACCUUCCACACGCUCCUCGAUUUCAUCUACACAGGGGUGGUGAGCAUCGGGGAGCACAACGUGCAGGAGCUGAUCGUCGCCGCCGACAUGCUGCAGCUCACCGAGGUGGUGGAGCUCUGCUGCGAGUUCCUGAAGGGGCAGAUCGAUCCGCUGAACUGCAUCGGCCUCUUCCAGUUCUCCGAGCAGAUCGCCUGUCACGACUUGAUGGAGUUCACCGAGAGCUACAUCCACGGGCACUUCCUGGAGGUACAGAGAGGGGAGGAGUUCCUGGCGCUGACAAAAGAGCAGCUGAUUAAGAUCUUGCGAAGUGAGGACCUAAGUAUCGAGGACGAGUACCAGGUUUUCAUAGCGGCAAUGCAAUGGAUUUUGAAGGAUGUGGGGAAAAGAAAGAAAUACGUCGUAGAAGUACUGGAGCCUGUUCGAUUCCCUCUGCUACCAGCACAAAGGCUACUAAAAUACAUAGAAAGUAUUCCAGAUUUCAGCCUUCGGGUGGCCUUGCAAACUCUGUUGAAAGAAUAUUGUGAAGUCUGUAAAUCUCCCAAAGAGAACAAGGUCAGCAGUUUUCUGCAAGCUUCUAAAGGUCGUCCCCGGAAGAAAGCCAGGAAGUACCUUUAUGCAGUAGGUGGAUACACCCGACUGCAGGGAGGACGCUGGAGUGACAGUAGAGCCCUCAGCUGUGUGGAGCGAUUUGACACCUUCAGCCACUACUGGACCACAGUGUCCUCUCUCCACCAGGCCCGGAGUGGGCUCGGUGUGGCUGUGGUGGGAGGAAUGAUCUAUGCCAUUGGAGGUGAGGACAACUCGAUGAUUUUUGACUGUACUGAGUGUUAUGAUCCUGUUACUAAGCAGUGGACCACUGUGGCUUCAAUGAACCAUCCCCGUUCUGGACUAGGAGUGUGCACGUGCUAUGGUGCUAUCUAUGCUUUGGGAGGUUGGGUUGGAGCAGAGAUUGGCAACACAAUUGAAAGAUUUGAUCCUGAAGAAAAUAGUUGGGAUGUGGUGGGAACCAUGGCUGUGCCCCGUUACUACUUUGGGUGUUGUGAAAUGCAAGGUUUGAUUUAUGUUGUUGGUGGUAUCAGCAAUGAAGGAGCAGAGCUACGUUCUGUUGAAGUCUAUGACCCAAUAUCUAAACGCUGGUCUGAGCUUGCUCCAAUGGGCACCCGAAGAGCGUAUCUUGGUGUAGCUGCUCUCAACGAUUGUAUCUAUGCUGUGGGAGGCUGGAAUGAAUCUCAGGAUGCACUUGCUACUGUCGAAAGAUACUCCUUUGAAGAGGAAAAGUGGGUUGAAGUUGCACCAAUGAAGAUACCAAGAGCUGGUGUCUGCGUUGUGGCUGUGAAUGGAUUUCUUUAUGCCUCAGGAGGCCGAGCUCCCAGUCAUGAUUUUGCUGCUCCAGUAACCUCUGACUCUGUUGAAGUUUAUAACCCUCAUAUGGACAGUUGGACUGAAAUUGCCAAUAUGAUCACUAGCCGCUGCGAAGGAGGUGUAGCUGUGCUGUAAAACACAAAGAAAACUCAUUCAAGGAAUGAGUAAAUCUGUCUCCUCAGAUUUCUGGUUUUGUUGGCCAGACAUCUCUUCUAACACAGGAGCUUCAGCAGAGACAGUGGAGAAUUAGAUCAGAGGGCUUUUCCUGAGCAAAAGGAAAUAAUAAAACUCUUGCCCUUCAGAGUAAAUUGGUUUAUCCGAUGUCUGUCUCAGGAAGUAUUCUGUUAAGAGUAGGAAUGCCUCUUAUGACUGGAUUAAGCUCACUGAAAUAAAUGGCGAAUUUGCCCUAUAAAAUCUGGAGAAAUCAUUCCAGCACAUUAGAGACAUUAAUGACGUUGUUAACUCUCUAAGGUGCACCAAAGCUAGCAUCUUUAGCUGGCCUGACAAUCUGGAAGGAGGCUACUAUAGACAGCUUGGAGUUAUCUGUAGAUAAGAGCAGGUGGUUAGCAUUAGUUGUCCUUUUCCAGUGGAAAACAAGGAACAAAACAUAACAGAUGGGGAAGACUUGGCAUCUCUACUUAUGACCUUGAUGCAUUUGAGCGUCUUUUCUGCUGCUGGACAUGACAGGCAUUAAAUAUGAAUUGGAUAUUUACCUUCUGGCCACCCCACCAACUUGGAUUGUGAGUGGCUGAGAAUUUACUGUUCUGGAAGAUUCUCACAGUUCUAAUAAUGUCAUUCCACUUCAGCACAGGCUUUUUCUUCUCAGUGGUAUCAGUGAUGACAGAGCUUCUUUUUGUGCAAGCUGUGAUGAAUUUUAAAUGGAAAUGCUAUUCACUAGAUUAGCUGUUCUGUUUAGGACUGCUUUUAGUAUAAAAAUACAGGGAAAGCCUUUUGCCCUUUUUUUUUUCCUUAGUUAAAAGUGUUUUUACCCUGUGUGACACAUGCUGAGAUUUGGCAUUGGAAUACAUGCUAUUCUACAAGGUACACACAUUCACCUUGCUACAUCUUGUGUCCUGCCUCUUCCAAAUUUGAGUGGACGGAGCUUUUUGUGAUAGAAUCAGCUGCGUUCAGCAUUAAAGCGAUGCUAUUAGUGUGUUUUGUCUUAAGGAGUUUGUAUUUAGUUUGGAUACACUUAGUAGAACAAUACUACUAGGAGUUUGGAGUUAUUUCUUGAUUCAUUUAAUUAAUAUACUUGAAGUUGCUUUUUGCACAAUAUGAUUGCAUUUUCUGCACAGCUGUGGAUGAUUUAGAUGGAGUCUGAAGUAAGGCUGCUUGAACUUUGAUAGACAGUGUUAUUCUAGAACACAAAACCACAACUGGAAUGUCACAAAACAGGAAGCCUACACUGUGUAGACAAAGGAGCAUUCAUGCUGUCUAGGUCAGUGUCUCCUGUGUAAAAUUAACAAAUUAAUACAUGAAUAAAAGCCUCCAAGGUGAAUGUUGUAGCUACCUUAAGAAUCUAGGUCUUACAUCCUAACAUAGGGCUGGGAGAUUGCCAGGCUAAAACAUGCUAGACGAUGGAGCAUCUGUUUCUCUGAUCAUUCUAUAAUCUUGCGUGUGUUUUUACUUCAAAAGGAUUUCUUACAUGUGUGAACUACUGUCUAUUCUGUCAGGUUUUUCCCAAGUUUAAGCUUGUUUUAAACAGUUUUUCAUAAUAAAAUUCAUUUUCAGAACUGACUGUGGAAUGCUCUUGAAUAGGUUGCUUUCCUACCAUGAGUUGUAUCACUGCCACGUUCUUUUUUUUCUUUUCUUUUUCUCUUUUUUUUCUGGAAGUCCUAUUUCUCAAUAGGUUAUAAAUGUUGAAUAUUUGAAAGGUGCAAGUAACACACUUCUGUAGUAAAAUACUCAAAUAUUUCUCUUCUCAAUGUAAAAUUACUCUGACUUCUUGGAAGUCUGGCUGCAUUGCCAGCUCUGCACAGCCCUCCCUGGGAUCAAAUGAUAGGUAAUAUUUCUUAGGCUGUCUUUGUAUUUCAGGAUCCCUGUGAACCAUUUGAGAAACGUUACAUUAGCUCUAUUUUAUUAGUUUGGGAACUAUGAGUUCACUUCUGAUCCCUGCCUGUAAACUUUACAAUUUAGUCUGCUGUUGUAUGAAGUUACUUUCUUGUUUUUGUAGCCAAUUCUGUCAUGUUUGAAUGAAACUCUGAAGUUGUUUGAUUCUGAUCUCUGAUACUCAGCACCUCUUUCCCUGAAUCAAGCCAAAGGCAGUACUCUCCUCCAGACCCAUUUUAAAAAAUGCCAUGUCUAAGUAUGAAAGAAUAAAAGAACUGUUUUCAUUCACAAA